GUUUUAAUCCUGACUGCUCCUCGUCUGCUUCUGUCUGCUGCACAGAUGUUGACCUGCAGGUUUCAGCUCCUCCAACAUCUCAGUAAAAUCAUGUCUGCAGAUCAACUGACUUCUCAUCCUGCUCUCUAAGAUGAAGCUAAGAGGAAAACUGCUCCUUAUGCUGAGGGUCUCCAGUGUUUCCUCCAUCACAUGUUAUCUUACAGAGUAUCAGAUAGGAGAAGAAUGUUGUCCUCUGUGUCCUGCAGGAAAUCGGGUUAAAACAGACUGCACAGAGUUUAGGAGUACUUUCUGUGUUUCCUGUUCUGAAGAAACAUUCAUGGAUAAACCAAAUGGUUUAAAAAAAUGUACUGCAUGUUCUGUUUGUCCUGCAGGUUCGGGUCUAAAAGUAAAGAAACCCUGCUCACGCAGCUCAGAUACAGUUUGUGAAGCUCUGGAAGGAUUUUUCUGCCUGGAACUGACAGGUUCAGGCUGUUCAGCAGCUCAGAAACACAAGAGCUGCAAACCAGGACAAUACAUCAGCACAACAGGAAGCUCCUCCUCAGACGCUGAAUGUUCUGACUGCAGCAGUGGAACAUUUUCUGAUGGAUCAUCAACAU